AUGAGAAUUAUCGCCUGUAUACCCCAAAGCACAGUAAUGGAAUCACCGGACAGACUUAAACAAGUGGAAGAGCAGUUAGACUCUGAGAUAUCCUCCAUCCGGCGCGAAAGCAACGCUAAACACAUACCAGUCCGCAAUCUCCAACGGCGACGUCGACUCCUAACCUCAAGCCUUCUUUCGUCAGAUAACUUUCAAAAACGACUGAAGGCGCGCCAAGCAGCAUUGGCGCCUACACCCAUCUCAUCCCUAAGCGACGAAGUCUCCCCCCUCGUCCAAGCCGCCGAUAAACACGCCGAACUGAACCAUCACCGCGUCGCGUUCUCUACAACCACCUUCCCCUUCAAGGAUCCUUCUCCGCAUUCGGACCAUCCAAAUCUACUAGGGGUGCGCAUUGAUAUCUGCUGCCGAAAUGGCCGCUUCACGAAACCGUACUACGUGCUUCUGAGACGGGCCGGCACGGGCGACGAGAAGAGGCUGCGGGUGCACCGACACACAAUCCCUGCAUUUAUUCCUAUUGAGAAACUGGAGCGCGUCUAUCUGCCUUUACCGCCGACGCAGGACUCCACAGAAGAGGAUGCACCCCUCAAGCCGGGGAAGGAACGGGUGCGGAAGCAGGACCUGCGGGGUCUAGUUCGCGAGUUGAGGCGACAGCUUGUUGCGUGGCAUUUACGAGUCGAUGCGGUGAACAUGCUGAAGGAAGACCUCGGCGGAGUUCAAGAUGGGAGUGUGGGUGGCGUUAUGGUCGAGAGUCGGUUGGAGCCGAAUGACUUGGGGAUUGUCUCUGUUUCCCCGACGACUCUCGAGGCGACGUACGUUCGCCUGGAAUGGGAGGAUGGACGGGUGGGACGCUUCAAGCUUUCUGACACGGGGGUUAUUGAGCGCGCGGUCAUUAUCGGCGACCGCGGGAGAGACAAGAGACUGGAAACUGUGUUUAUUGGGGGUGAUGGACGAGUAGAAACGCUCCUGGACAGGUUACGGCAGCAUAUUAUAUCCGCUUCAGGCGAAUGA